UUGCGCCGCAGAUUAUCGUCGCGAGUGAAACGAAUAUAACAAAAUUCAACUUCCUGCUGGCUUUUAACGCAGGAAUAAUCAGUUUGUGGUGGUAUUUUAUGCAAUUCUAAUUCAAUUCAGUUUUAGUUUCAGUCGUUGUCUGACAUCCAAGGGCGGCUGCUGCAGACAGUUCCGGUGAACAAAUAUCGAAUACCGGCAAGAUUUUUUUAUUGUGGAGAUCAUUUAUAAAUAAAAUAUGGCUAAAACAAUUUCUUGUGGUGGAUUGAGUAUGCCCACGGUUGGAUUGGGCACAUGGGAAGCUAGAGACGACAGCGAGAUAGAGACAGCCCUAGACGCUGCUUUAGAACUAGGCUACCGCCACAUCGACACAGCUGCCGCAUACGGAAAUGAACACGUCAUCGGAAAAGUCUUGAAAAAAUGGUUCGAUUCUGGCAAACUGACCAGAGACGAUCUCUUCAUUGUCACCAAACUCCCAGCUCCAGGUAUACAUCCCGAUAGGGUUGAAAAAUAUCUGACAAAAUCGUUGGCUGAUCUGCAGUUGGAUUACCUGGAUCUUUAUCUUAUACACUUUCCUGUCGGGAUAAAAGAAGGAGAAGGGGCUCCACAGUUCGAAAAAGAAGAGCACAAGGCAUUAUGGCAGAACAUGGAAAAACAGGUUGAUGCUGGCCGAACAAAGACGAUUGGGGUCUCCAAUUUCAACGUAAAACAAAUCGAUAAAUUUUUGAAAUUCGCCAGAAUCAAGCCAGCUUGCAAUCAGAUCGAACUUCACGUGUUCCUACAACAACCAGAGCUGGUUCAGUUCUGCCAGAAGAACAACGUUGUAGUGACGGCAUAUUCACCGCUUGGAAAUCCCGGUUACAACAAAUUUUUGAAACGCGUUGGAGCAGAGGAGCGAACAGAUUUAGUCAAUGUACUCACCAACCCAGUCAUCACAGAAAUAGCCAAAAAACACAACAGAAGUAAUGCGCAGGUCGCUCUAAGAUUCUUAAUACAGAAAAACUGCGUCGUCAUUCCGAAAAGUGUCAACCCUGCAAGGAUAAAGAGCAACUUUGAGCUCUACGAUUUUAGUCUCGAUAAUGCGGAUAUGAAGAAAAUUGAAGCUCUAGAUAUUGGAGAAGAAGCUCGAAUUGUGGACUGGAGGGUUUAUGCUAAGAUUGAUGAGACACCAGAAUAUCCAUUUGCAAGAAAGUAAUAACUCAGCAGAUUUAUGUUUGUUAAUAAAAGUUUUAAUGAUAUACUGUUAACACGAAUUAUACACUCAAGUAGGUAUAUCAAAGCAUAAAUAUGUUCUAAAAUGCACUGUGUUCCUUAUAAUAUAAAUAAAAUAUGAAACAGUA